UCACGCUAUAAAGAGCAGCCGCGCAGCCAAACCAUUCACCAAAUUCUCAACAUUUUCCUCCUCUUUCUCAUCCGGCGACGAAGAUGGCCGCAGCAGUGAUAAUCUUCGACUUUGACAAGACGAUCAUCGACUGCGACAGCGAUAACUGGCUCAUCGACGAGCUCGGCGCUACGCCGCUCUUCGAAUCCCUUCUUCCCACCAUGCCCUGGAACACCCUCAUGGACCGCAUCAUGAUGGAGCUGCACGCACAGGGCAAGACAAUCGAUGACUUCGCCGAGGUUCUCAAAAGGGCGCCACUUGACCGCCACGUGGCUUCCGCCAUCAAAUUCGCUCACGCGCUAGGAUGCGAUCUGAGGAUCGUGAGCGACGCCAAUGUUUUCUACAUUGAGACGAUCCUCAAGCACCACGGGCUUGUCGGAUGCUUCACCGAGAUCAACACAAACCCCAGCUACGUCGACGCUGAAGGCCGACUCCGAAUCUCUCCCUACCAUGAUUUCACCAGCUCCUCCCAUGGAUGCCCCCUUUGCCCCCCAAAUAUGUGCAAGAGCAAAAUCAUGGAGCGGAUUCGCGCCGAGGGGAAGAAGAAGAUCAUCUACUUAGGCGAUGGCAAAGGCGACUACUGCCCAUCUCUGCGGCUCGGCGAAAGUGAUUUCGUGAUGCCGAGGAAGAACUAUCCUCUAUGGGAUCUGAUCCAGAGCGAUCCCGGUCUGCUCAAGGCUGAGGUGCAUGAAUGGAGUAAUGGUGAGGAGCUGGAGAGGGUUCUUCUUCAUCUCAUCAGGUUCUCGGAAUUCUUAGACAGCAAUGGCAGCGCGACCGCACAGCUUCUAUCAGGUGACUGUAAAAUGGUGUCCAUGCCGGGGAAGUCCCCUGAGCCCCUCCCCAAGGUCUUGCCUGUUCUUCUGUAGAUCCGGUUGGUCAUUUUAUGUUUGUUGAAAGGUGAAAGGGAAUUUUAAAGCGGUCAAAAGGACCAGUUUGAAUUCACGCUUCACUAAUUUAUCUAUGAUAAUAAUUGUAUUAGUGGUGUAUUACAAUUGUUGAGUUAUAUGUGAUGAUUGUCCAACCACAGAAGGUGUAUUUCAAUAAUGACUUUGUGGUUAAAUUUAUAUGUAGGAAAGAGUAGUUUUGUUCAA